CUGUCGCCUCCCGUCAUCAUGGCUGCUCUCAAUGACAGCAGCUUUGACCCCGUCACAUUUGUCCUGACCGGCAUCCCUGGCAUGGAGGAAUCCCACGUGUGGAUUUCUGUCCCCUUCUGCCUCAUGUACGUCGUGGCCCUCCUAGGGAACUCGUUCCUCCUCUUCCUCAUUGCCACCGACCACAGCCUUCGCCAGCCCAUGUGCCUCUUCCUGGCCAUGCUCUCUGUGGCGGACCUCCUACUGUCCACGGUCACUGUGCCCGAGAUGCUGGCCAUCUUCUGGUUCGGCUCCAGGAAGAUCUCUUUUGACGCCUGCAUUGCUCAGAUGUUCUUCACCCACUUCAGCUUCAUCGCAGAGUCCACCAUCCUGCUGGCCAUGGCCUUUGACCGCUAUGUCGCCAUCUGCGACCCGCUGCGCUACAUGGCCAUCCUGACCCCGUCGGUGAUUGGGAAGGUGGCCCUGGCGGCCGUGGUCAGGGGGCUGUGCAUCAUGUCCCCACCCAUCUUCCUCCUCAAGAGGCUGCCCUACUGCGGCCACAGCACCAUGCAGCACACCUACUGCGAACACAUGGGCAUUGCCCGCCUGGCCUGCGGAGACAUCACCAUCAACAUCUGGUACGGCUUCACGACGACCCUCCUGUCCUCAGGGGUGGACGUGGUGCUCAUUGCCUUGUCGUACGGCCUGAUCCUCAAGGCCGUCUUCCAGCUCUCCUCCAAGGAGGCCCGCCUCAAGGCUCUCCGCACCUGCGGCUCCCACAUCUGCAUCAUCCUGAUGUUCUACAUGCCCGCCUUCUUCUCCUUCCUCACCCACCGCUUUGGCCACAACAUCCCCAGCUGCAUCCACAUCCUGCUGGCCAACCUCUAUGUCAUCGUCCCUCCCAUGCUCAACCCCAUCGUCUACGGGGUGAGAACGAGGCAGAUACGGGAGCGAGUCGCCCACGUGUUCUCGCGGACAGGAAGGUGGAGGUGCUGCUAGAAGGCAGCGCUUGGUACAUCAGCCCCCCAGAACCUGUACGGAAGGCUGCCUGAGAUAUGGAGACCCUCCUUCACGAGAGAAGGAAGGUGGGCUGCUGAGAAAUUGGGUGGGCAGGAAAGCUAAGGUGAGAUUCUUACCUGGCUCUCUGCUCUCCGUUUCAUAGAGCUGGGGAAAGUUCAGAAAAGGGCAACCGAAAUGACCAAGGGGUGAAAUGACUCCCCAACAAGGAAAUGUAGCAUGACUUUUUAG